ACUAGUCUCACCGACCACUCUCAAAAAGUUCGAUAUUUGUCUUCUUUAUUUGCUCCCCAUUCAGUUGAAUUUCAUUCUCUUUGUUGCGACACGUUGAGCACGAUCCAUCGUGUAGUUUUGCUUGUUUGGCGGGUUGCCACCAGUUCGUCUACGGGAAUAUGACUUGCUCAUGGAGACCGGUUAUCGCCAACAAUCUUCGGCACAGUACUCUCAGUUUAUGACGGAUGUGCUACUGUUCCAAUGUUACAUGUAACUAGAAUACCAGCAUUGACCGGAGCUAGUAUAAUUUAGGGAAUUUUGGAACCUUUCUCUUCGGGGGCACCAAGUUGUUGUCUUGCGGUUUUUUUUUUAUUGAAUUGAAUCUCCGAUAUAUUGAUCAUUUGACUUUGAGUGAGUACCACCCAUGGUACCAGCCGGCAAGAGCUUUAGAACACUCGAUCGGUUAAUCUGACCAGAAGUCGAUGCAUCUUGGAGGAGUUUUUAUAUUUGAUCGGCGCCAUACUCAUAGUCAUUUUGGCUAGAUGAUGGAGGAUGCGGAACUUAAUACCGUCUUCGUCUGAAAAUCUUGCACCGACUGGAACUCCGGGAACUUUAUCUGACAUGACUCUCCAACCGCACUACCCACCGCCCGGACUUCCUUAACAAGAUGCACUGUUCAUGCCUUCUCUCUCGGCAAUGCCACGAUGCCAUGGACGACUAAGCAGACAAGCAGGAAUUCCGAGAAAAUACCGUGGACAGAUGAGGCAAAGAACACCGGGAAAAGAUCUGGGAGGGACCGGUAUCGGUUGGACACAGGGCCCGUCUUAAGGCGGCGAAGUGAGACAAGAGUGGCCGCAUUGGGGCCCAUGACUAGAUGGGCUGUAAUGGUGUGGGUUUGCUGCGAGAUGGCUGGCCCAACACAAGCAGAUGCCGCACCGACAACUCCAACCGGUGAUGUCUCAUCCACAUCCCAACCUGAAGGUGCCACCAACCCCUCCAACUACACGGAAGACAGAUACAACAAGGCCUUCUUCACUAUGCUCUUAGUCCUACUGGUGCCGCUGAUCGCCUACGUGACGGCGAUCAUGAUCAAGAUCGUUUGUCCCGUGGACAAGGACCCCAGUACUUGGUGUGGCCGUGGGAGGGGGACUCACCCACGGAUCGGUCCGGACAGCGCAGGGGGAGAGGAUGAAACCGACAAGACAUGGGGAGAGGAAAGAAGACUUAGAAAUGCCGUCUUCAUGCUGUUCUCUCUGGAUAAGACUGAGGAGGAAGAACGCGAAGAAGAGCAAGAGAGCCAACAGAUCGAGGCAGCCAUGAGACGGCUACAGGCUAGGAGGAUGAGCAUGGCUGCUAGGCAGAGGUCUAGGGAUGACAUCCUGGGUGUAAAUGGGCGGAGUGCAAAGACAGACAGUCUGUUGGGCCUUCUACCGGGAACGGCCGAACGCAUACUGGAGGGUGAUGCGGAGGAUCUUGGAGAUUCAGAUGACAGGAGACAAGAGGGAGGGACAGGUGAGGACACAACCAGUGAGAAACCAUCAAAGUCUGAAGAUGAUACUGAUGAAAACGGGGAUGUAGUGAAAAGCAACCCAAAUGCAGUCUUGGAGGUAAACGGCUGUUGUGCUCACUCGACCAAUUCGUCCCAAGAAAAUCCCACGGCGACUGGACAAACAAUUGUUGUCGUCAAAAGAGAAGACACACGUGCAGAAAAGACACCGGAUUAUGUUGAGGGCGUCACGCAUAAGCAGCAGAGAGCAAAUAUUGACGCAGAUCGGGUAAACAUGGAUGACACAAACACUGGGGAAAGUGCUGCCGAUGAUUCUGUAAAGCCGGCUUUGCCAGAGAUGAGCAGCACGUUCGCUCAUCAUGACAGCUGUUCAAAUGUUGGUGAAAUCACCGGCAGCAAACAAGAGCUGAAUAAACAUGUUUGUUGUCCUGGUGCUAAGAACGUAGACGAAGCCGAGGUGAAGACUAGUGCUACCACGAAUGUUUUACUUUUCUCACGAAGGCCCAACCGCUCUUCGACUGAUGUUGAUAAUUGUGUCGAGAGUGCCUCAAAACAACCACACGAAAAGGUUUCAGAAGGUCCAUCUUGCCCCGAUUUGAAACAGAGUUUGGAUGGAUCGUUUAAUAGCUCUUCUAAUGUCGAUCCUACCACCGUUAAUGCAAAACAGUCACAGGGAAGGGCAAAUGAAAAUGUAUCUUGCCUUGAUUUAGAAGAGCCAAAUGUUCCGUUAGAAAAUCAUCCAAGUGCAUCAGUUACAUUUGAUUCCUUGGCUGAUGAUGAUGAUGAUGAUGAUGACAUCCCAACGUGUUCCGAAAUCAAACAAGACUCAGGCGAAUCCUUAAAAAGAUAUUGCAAUGUUGUUACUAAAGUGAACAAUGAUAGUAAACCGCCACAGGAAAGGACUGCCAAAAAAUCAUCUUGCCUUGAUGCGAAAGAACAGGAUCCGAAUGCGAGACCACUGCAAGACAAUUCUCGUGCGGGUAUCAUUAAUUAUUGUAAUGCCGACGUCUGUCAUGAGAAUAAACUUGCAGAUGCUGACGAGUACAGCAUCGGCAGUGACCGGCGGACUGACCACUCGGAUGCUAUGUCCACCGAGCAAUCAUCUCAUGGCAACGCUGACCUGCAGAGCUGGGGAUCGUAUGGGGAGUUGGCUAUCAGUCGACAACCGCCUGGGACCGCACCUCCGAGGAACGAUAACCAUGACGACCGGUCGUCCGUCGCAUCACCAGGAGAGCAGUCCAGUAGCCCCGGAAGUCAACAGGCGCUACUUGGAGACAGGCGGUCGUCUCCUGCCAGUUUGAAGGGGUCUUUAGAAAUCAUCAGAAUCUGAUGAAGUAGAGGAUUUGCUGAGAUUUAGUUGUCCCGGGGUUAUCUUUACAUAUCGGCUCUAUUUACAAAGCUAAAAAGCAAUAUAAAUGCUUUGUGUGCUUUUUUCGUAACAAUGCCAGCGUUGAAUUAUUAUUUGUCAUCCGUAAGAAGAAUUAUUAAGUCUCAUAAUUUUUGUUUUCUGCUUCACGGCAAAUUAAAAGUCAGCUGUCAAUGGAAGGCAUUUGUCUUGAAGCUUGCAGCGCCCUUUUUUGGCAUGUAUUGGACAAUGACAGGCAAAUAAUGUAUCCUCUUUGCAUAAACGGUUCCAUGUUUCAUUCGUACUUAUACCGUAGAAUAUAAUUCUCAUUCGUGCUUCAUGAACAAUUUUUUAGAUGGCAUAAUACCAAAAUAUUCAUGACACCAGAUUUUUCCAGAUUCCCCUGGAAAACGAACUUAUUUUUUCAUUCAUAUGUUGCUUCAAAAUAUUUACAGUGGCCCAAAUACUACGAUUUAUGAAUAUCUUAACUCUAUAACUGCUGCAUCGAAUCUAUGCUGAAUAUAAAUAUAUGCUCUAUAUUCCCAAGGUUAUUUAGUUUCUACCAUUAAUUAAAUAUGUAAAAAAGAAUAUUUCAUGAAUUU